ACGAUGCGUAGAACCAUUAGCUACAGUAUUGUGGUGUUAGUUGCCGCGCUUAUGCUGCCUACGGUGGCAUGGGGGUUGGCAUGUAAAUUGGCUGGUAACAUUACGGCAUCGUGCGUUCCGUUGGAUAAAUGUAGUAGAUGGCAAGGCUUUUUGAACAAAACAUUCAUUCCAAAGCAUGAGAUGGAAGCAUUUACAGUUGCUAUGAGUGCCUGUCACAACGGUGAAAGCGAUUCGGAUUUGCAACAGGUUGUGUGCUGCGCAAUGGAUACUAUCAUAAAAGAGAAAACCGUGGUUGCACCAGAGUGUCUGCAAGAUAGACUGGGCGAUGGCAACCGCCAUAACGGAACGUACCCGUAUGCUUCGUCUUUCAUCGCUUAUAUUAGUACCUACUCAACACACCCAAGCUUUUGCAGCGGCAGUUUAAUAACAUCGGAGUAUGUUCUUACAGGUGCACAUUGUGUUAAGAAUUACGAAGACUUCUUCGUUUACGUCGGUGCCAAUAAUACGAAUUAUACUCAUGUCGAUGGCAACUAUCCUAACGGUUACCAUUACGAAGUAGGAUUGGAUGAUAUCAUCGUUCAUGAAGGGUAUGACGCGAGAACCAAGAUACACGAUAUUGCGUUGAUACGACUGCCAACGCCCGUGGACUUCAGUUUGCCCAACUCUCCGAAGCCCGUAUGCAUUUCGUCAGCCAAACACUAUGAAGCAUAUCUAUCGGAUUAUAAAGCCUUGCGAACCUUUGGCUGGGGGCAGAAUAUUGAUGGUGAGCAUUGGAAAGUGUUGCCAGAAGGGUUCGAGUAA